GAAAAGCUGGUGGAAGAGUUGGUGGAAUUGGAGAUGGAAUCUGAGAAGACAAAAGAGCAGAAGGAUGAGGCCAACAAACUGGUAGAAGGGGAGAAAAAGAAGGCAAUAGAGAUGAGGGAGAGAGCAAUGGAAAGGUUCAGUCAAACCAAAAAAAGACAAGAAGAAACAGAAAAGGAUGAAGGGAAAAAGGAGAAAAAAAGAAGAAGAUCAGGAGAGGCAAUAGAGUAGUUGAGAGAAAAAGGAGAGAAUAUGCGAGAGAUGAAGGAGCAAGAACGUCAAGAAAGAAGGGAAGAACGGGAAGCCCAAAGAGCUCAAAACUGAACAGUUUAUGUCUAAAAUGCAAGCUCAAAAUGAGCAAAUGAAAUUAUUUCAACAACUGCUGCAACAAAUGCAGCAACAGCAACAACAGCACAGCCAACAACAACAACAAUUUGCCAUGUUGCAGCAUCAAAUGAUGCAAGUUUUGACACAUCAAACUCAUGUAUUUCAGCAACAGUUUAAGAUAGAUUAAGGGUUUGGGUUUGAUGUACAUCAGCAUUGAAUGCAAUGUCAUUAUCUGAGUUUUGUAUGUUAUCUAAUUUUUAAUCAAAUAGAGUAUAUUUUGUAUUGUAAAAGCCAAUUAUAAUGAUUAUCUUUAUUUAUUAAAUAAAAUUUUUGGGCAGCAGGCCAUUUUACAAAUAAAAUAGAAAAUUACAACUUUUAUCAUUAAAAUACACUGUAUACAAUCAUAAAACAAAUGUUGUGUUUACCAGAUAAAGUAAUUGGUACACGUUAACCAGGGGCCAGGGGUAAUACACUUUUGAGCUAUGAAAAUUUACAUUACUUUUCAAGAACUUCCAUGACCUAAGGUAGCAAGUGAACUAAUUGAUUAAAUCCACGAUGGCACAAAAAUUUGCAUAAAUGUCACAAAGGUAUUAAGUGUAAACAGAAAUGUCCACACAUGUAGAUUGUGCUGAUGUUUAUUUCUACUGAAGAAAGUAUUUUUUCACUUGUCAGCUUAUUUUACAAAUUUGGAUCUACAAUCCUUUGCACUCAUAGAAAGCCCUAAAAAAAAGGUUACAAUAUACAAGUUAUUACUUAUAAAAUUUUCUUUAAAUUUUUAACCCUCCAACAUCAGUAUCUGUAACUCUUCUAUUGGCUAAAGUACAAAAUGAAACAAAUUCAAAUUAUUGGAAGUAGUCCUGUAAAGAAGGCGGUUGCACUUUAAACUUUUCUGACAUAAUGUUACUAUACAGACAGGUCAACGCAUUUUCCAAAGGGCACAGACAAUGUUAAAUUUCCCCACUGAACUCAAGUUAAUUUGUAAUUGGCUUUUAAAAUCAAUAAACUUAAAAUAGUUUGUAAUAUUACCAAAAAGCCACUCAACUGCAACGCUUACUUCACUCAUGGCCGCAUUGCACAAAACCAUUUGUGGAGUGAGUUGAAUGUUUCAAAGGGUAUGCAGGAUCGCCAUGAAGACAAAGAGGAUACCCAUUAUGAAACGCCACCCUCCGAAACUCAUUGAGAAUGCCUGUUUGUUGAAGCAUUGUGCUGUUGUGUCUUUUACCAUCAAAGGGGCCAUGAAGGUUUGCAAUUAACCCGUUUGGGAUGACAACACUGAAAUUUAUGGAAUGUAUUCUCUUGUGGCAAUUGCACAUAACCCUUUGGUUUUUCUUGUGGCCUCGCUAUUCCACGCACAGUACCAUCAAUAAAUCCAAAACAAUUUGCCUAAUGGAGCACCAAGACGUUUAGUCGAUGCUUAUGAUUAUCGUAGAUAAAAUCAAUCGUAGUGUUGAAGAUUAAGCAAAGCUCGGUCGGAUUCCUGCCAAAGCGGGGUACCAUGUCUGUGUAUCUACAAGGGUAUGCCAACCCCUUCAACAAAAUGCACAGGCCCUCCAUCCCACUACAUACUGUUCUUUGCACGAAAGUAAUUUUUUCCGGAAUUCCUAAAAAUUCACAUAAUUCAGUCAGAUGUUUCAUCGCAAAUCUAAGCUCGAUCUUGCACUCCACAUCGCUCCUCUCGUCUACACUGAAUCUGGGGAAUUUCCAGUAUGGGAAAAUAGGUUUUGACGAAUAGGCGUCAUAUAGAAGAACAAAUUCGUCAUCGUCAAUAACAUCAUAGAAGCUGCCUGUUAACAAAGCAUCGCGCACGGAGCUUAAACCACCACUUGCCAUGAUCUGCGAUAUGGGAAGCUACCAAGGAGUCGCAUUACAGAGAUCACGAAGGCCGUUCUCUCGAAAACAACUCGCAUGAAAAGAUGACGAAUAUUACACAAAUUUCACAAAAACACAUUUAAUGGGCUAAAUUCUACAGAAAUUGAAAUAAAACUGCCCUCCCAAAUGUUGUUUAAAUAAAAGUAGAAUUUUAAAAUUCACCUCAUUUGGUAUCCAAACCAAGUUCUAACGAAUAACUCGUGCCGUAGUCGUCUUCGUCGGCGUUUGACAAGUGGUAUACAGUAACAUUAAUUUCGUUGCCCUAAAUUGUAGCUGAUUAACUUAAAAUUUACGACGAGAAUUUCAACGAUAGUCAAUUGAUAUUCUAGAACAAGAAUUUGCUGCACGUUUCCCUUGCUAAAUCACUAGGGAAUUUAAGAACCGAGGACGCGGUAGGUCGGAGACGCGACCGGAAGUGAUUUUUCCAAUUUCGGAUGAAGAGCGCAUGUGCGUGGCGUUUUCUCCCGCUCUCGAGAACGCGGACUGAAGAGAUUUGGCGUCGUCUUGAAAACGUGAGUAAUGAGCCUUGUUAUUUAGAGCAAAACACUAUAAUUAACCGUCUAUCGCAACUAUUCUGUCAAUUGGAACUUAAAAUUUAUUGCCUCUUCAUGGGUUAGGCAUCAUUUUUGAAACUAAAAGGACCAAAGUUGAAUGGUUUAAAACGUUUUCUUUCCUCAAGGUGAGCAAGCUUAUGGUGAAGUGAAUGGCGUCUAGAAGAUCUUCAAAGUAAGUCAUCUAAUUAUCCUUGAAAUAUUUCCCAAAGUCUCAUUUUCCUUCACAGUUAAAAGAAAUUAUUACUGCAUUCAUGCGGCUAUUCUCAUGCAUGAUACAAUUUAGUUAUCAGGCGUCUUAUCAUUCUAAUUGGUCUUCAUUUUGUUUUGAUUAAUCCAAAGAGCUCCGAUGUGAAAUAUCAGAAUAAAACUUUAUUGGUUGUUCCAUCAACGGAUGAUCGAUUUUAGCUUCAUAAAUAAUUUAUCUAAGACUAUUCUGUUUAUCAGUUGAGUCUCUACCAGAUCCAGGCUUGAUAAUUCAUGAUGAUCUGAAAUUGAAUUUCCUGAUAUUGUGUGAUUAAAACUCAACUAGACAAAGCCUAUUAAAGCUAACUUUCAAAAACGCCCACUAUAUUGACUAUAAGAGGAAACAUAAGUUUAAUUAGUUUACCUUGACUACUGUCAUAAAGCGUAGCAUUUCAAAAGGUAAGACUUUGACAUUUCUGCCAUUGUGUUAUUUUCAUAUUUUUAUUUCUUUGAAAUUGUUACUAACGAGCCAAGUUUUAGAUAAUACUCUCAACUGAAAACAAAUCAAGAAAAAUCAGAACUAAAAAGAGAUUUUAUUUGAGGUUAGAUGUUGUUGCCCAUCUCAUGUGUAGUUUUGAUAAUUGAUAAAAAGUUGAAUGCAUUAUUCCACUGCUGUUAAUCUUAAAAGUGUAAAGUUAUGGGUGAUGUCCCCCUCAAUCAGCAAGGCCGCUCUUUAGAUUUGUGAGCUUUAGAUGUCAUUAAAGAAAAAUCUCACUUUUUUGAAAAAGCAUAAAAACUAGCUUUGAGAUUAACAGCAUUUAGUUUCAAUAACAACAACAACAACAACAGCAUUUAUUUAAACACGAUAAAAAAAUUCAGCAAAAGCUGAUGUGGUCGUGUAAAUUCAAAAGAAAGAUUAGGUUAGACAAACCAAAACGAACAAGAAGAAAAACUGGAGAUGCCAUGGAGUUUCUAAAGGAAAGAGCACAGAAGUGUGCAGAAAUUAGAGAAAAGGAACUUGAGCUGGAAAAGGGAAGACAGGAACAACAACUUCAAGUGCAACAACAACAGGCUAAUAUGCUGAAGCUAAUGCACCAGCAACAACUGCAAAAACAGCAUUAGUUCCAGCAACAACAGCAACAUUACCAGCAGCAACAACAGCAAAAUCAACAGCAACAGCAAAAAUUCCAUCAGCAACAAAUGCUCAUAAUGCAGCAGGUCAUGGGCGUCAUGAGUAAAAUGCUUAACAAGUAG